GUAGCUGAUAUUUUUACAAUAGGUUCUUUAAAUUUACGGUACCGUAUGCAUUUUUUACAUACGGCACUCAAUAAGAUACCGCGGGUGUUAUCGCGAGACGGAGGCGUCAUCCCUCAAAGCUCAGGGUCAGGGUUAGUUGGGUUUAGGUUGUGGUUAGUUGGGUUUAGGUUGUGGUUAGUUGGUUUAGGUUGUGGUUAGUUGGUUUAACGUCAGGGUCAGCUAGGUUUAGGUUAGGGUUAGCUGGGUUUAGGUUGUGGUUAGUUGGGUUUAGAUUGUGGUUAGUUGGUUUAACGUCAGGGUCAGCUAGGUUUAGGUUAGGGUUAGCUGGGUUUAGGUUGUGGUUAGUUGGGUUUAGAUUGUGGUUAGUUGGUUUAGGUUGUGGUUAGUUGGUUUAGGUUGUGGUUAGUUGGUUUAACGUCAGGGUCAGCUAGGUUUAGGUUAGGGUUAGCUGGGUUUAGGUUGUGGUUAGUUGGGUUUAGAUUGUGGUUACUUGGUUUAACGUCAGGGUCAGCUAGGUUUAGGUUAGGGUUAGCUGGGUUUAGGUUGUGGUUAGUUGGGUUUAGAUUGUGGUUACUUGGUUUAACGUCAGGGUCAGCUAGGUUUAGGUUAGGGUUAGCUGGGUUUAGGUUGUGGUUAGUUGGUUUAACUUCAGGGUUAGUUGGUUUAGGUUAGGGUUAAUUGGGUUUAAGGCCAGUUGAGUUAUGGUUAGAUUUGAUUCUGUAGAUGGCAGUUGAACACAUUGAAUAAGUAUUUUAAACGGCCACUGUUUUGAAACCUUGACAUUUCAAAUCAUUUGUGGAAACGAAGGUUUUGAAUGUGUUUUUAGUGGUUAUUAAAAUUGGCUAUUUCUGAUUGAGCUUAUUAUAGAGACGCAGGCCAGUGACAGGCAGCAGCAUGUCCACUUUAUCACAGUCCGGUUGGACCAAAGUCCACCUGAGACCACAGGUUUUCAGGACAUUUCUCCAGAAGGCUCCCAGGAUUUGUCCAAUCCAAGAUUCCCGGUGUUGUAGUUCUGCAGAGCACAGGAGGAGGAGGGUUGUAAUUACUGGCGUAGGCUUAGUCUGUCCCCUGGGGACAGGGUCUGCCUUUCCCUGGGACCACCUGAUCAGAGGCCACAGUGGUAUUGUUGCUCUUGACACUGAGGAAUACAAGACUGUUCCCUGUAAAGUGGCAGCUCUGGUGCCCCGAGGGAGCGAAGACGGUCAGUUCAAGGAGGAGAGGUUUGUGUCCCGUGGAGAGAUCAACAGUAUGUCCCUGGCCACUGUGAUGGCCCUCGGAGCCGCUCAGCUGGCUCUGGAGGACUCGAGGUGGUACCCAAAAACCUUAGAGGAACAGAUGAGUACAGGCGUAGCUGUUGGCAUGGGCAUGGUGUCGCUAGAAGAGAUUGCUCGUACUUAUAUUUCUUUCCAAGACCGGGGAUACAACAAAGUUAGUCCUUUUUUUGUGCCCCGCAUCCUCGUUAACAUGGCCGCAGGUCAUAUUAGUAUUAAACACAAACUGAAGGGUCCCAACCAUGCUGUGUCCACAGCAUGCACCACAGGUGCACAUGCAAUCGGCGAUGCUGCCAGGUUCAUUGCACAUGGUGAUGCAGUUGCUAUGGUAACAGGCGGAACUGAAUCCUGUGUGAGUCCUCUGUCGAUAGCUGGCUUUGCAAGGGCACGUGCCCUUGCCACCAAAUGGAACAAUAACCCCAAACUGGCCUCAAGACCCUUUCAUCCAGAGAGAGAGGGCUUUGUGAUGGGUGAGGGUGCAGCAGUUCUGGUACUGGAGGAGCUGGGUCAUGCAGUGAAGCGAGGGGCCAGAAUCUACGCAGAGGUCCUAGGCUAUGGCCUGUCAGGAGAUGCCAGCCACAUCACCGCACCCACUGAAGAUGGAGAUGGGGCAUACAGGUGCAUGUCAGCAGCCCUCAGAGAUGCGCGGGUGUUACCUGCAGACGUCACCUACAUCAAUGCCCAUGCCACAUCCACGCCUCUGGGGGAUGCAGCUGAAAAUGCGGCCAUCAAGAGGCUCUUCAGGGAACACGUCCAGAGCCUGGCUGUCUCCUCCACCAAGGGAGCCACGGGACAUCUGCUGGGGGCCGCGGGGGCUCUGGAGGCUGCGUUCACUGCACUGACCUGUUACCACGGCAUCCUUCCCCCGACUCUCAACCUGGACCGCACGGAGACGGACUUUGACCUGAAUUAUGUUCCCUGCACAGCGCAGCAGUGGCAGACUCGGAGCCGGCGAGUCGCCCUCACCAACUCGUUUGGAUUUGGUGGUACCAACGCCUCGCUGUGUCUGGCCAGUGUUUGUGACCAUGCAGUGGAUCAGUGAACAAGGCUGAACAUUACAUUAAAUUAUAUUUGUGGCAUUUGAUUUGACCAGUACUACAUUUGUGGAAUUUUCCUGAAUUUAUUUGAUGCUGGAUUAUAUGAAACAAUUGUACCUGUUGGUUGGUAACAGGCACAGUUUCCAACAGGUACACCUUCUCAAAUCCACCAUUGCAGGUGCCUACAUCAUGUCAUCACACAUAAAAAUCACACGUUCACAGUAUCAAUCAGAAUGGGCGAUACGUCACGUUACCUCAACACCGUAUUUUCACUUUAAAAAUAUAAUCCCAAGUGGAUUGAAUUGAUUGUGGCUUUGACACCUGUUUCUUUGGAUUGGUUUGUUUUGUUACAGUGCAUUCGAAGAUGCGAUUGCCUGAUUUGAACACGUUCCUGCCUCUGUUCUUACAGAGUGGAUGAGAACUAAUUAUCCAGUAAUAAAGCUUUUUUCCAGAAUAGCAUCAACAAGCAAGAAUUUAAAUAACUGAUUGAUGAACAAACUGUUUAUCAAUCAGUUAGGAUCAAUCAGAAUAUGCUAAUGUUCCUCUGAUUUCAUGUGUUUUUAACACUUGUGACUUUUUUUGUAAAUGUCGUGACACCUGUACAUUUUUUGAAGGGUUGUGGUUUGUCAUUGGUAUGCAGUAAUGGUUGUUACUUCCUGGUUUCCCCUGGUAACCUCGUGUGUGCAGAAAUGCAUAUUUACAAAAAGUGGGCAAGGGGCUGAAACUGGGUGCCAUUGGUGCACCUGACUCUCUGACAACAGGACGGCCCUAAACCCUCACACGCUUCACUUGAACACACUUCAGAAUCUGGGACGGAGCCAAGUUCUGCUCAGUCUCACUUUUACAACUAUCUCAUGAGCAAAGGUGAUUGGUACCUGUAGAGUCAGGGGGCGGGGCUUUUUCUCCUGGUUUGUGCUCCCUAACAACAGUUUAUGGAAUCAUGAGGUCACUGGAUAGGUGUGUGUGUGUGUGUGUGUGUGUGUGUGUGUGUGUGUGUGUGUGUGUGUGUGUGUGUGU